UGAGUGGUCCUUAACACCCCCAGCAACAACACCAUCAAGAAGUAUCACGUGUCUAGAAGAAUUCCAGUGUAAUUUACAAUACCAUUUAAUACCAUAAACCUUUGAACAAACUACGCAUAUAGGGAAGAAAGAGGGAAGUCUUCAGAAACAUGGGUAAAAAAGGCAAACUCGGGAAGAAGCGGCAGGAUAAAUUCUACCACAGAGCUAAAAUAGCAGGUUUCCGAGCGCGAUCUGCCUACAAGUUAAUGCAACUAAAUACGAAAUAUGAAUUCCUUCAAAGGUCUCAGGUCUGCAUUGAUUUAUGCGCUGCUCCAGGAUCAUGGAUGCAGGUUGCCAAGAAGUACAUGCCUGUAUCCUCCAUCAUUGUUGGUGUUGACUUGUAUCCUAUCAAGCCCAUUCCAGGGACACUCUCUAUUGUAGGAGACAUUACCACAGAAAAAGUGAGGCAGGAACUGAAAACAACCUUGAAAACAUGGAAGGCAGAUUUAGUUCUUCAUGAUGGUUCCCCAAAUGUUGGUCAGAACUGGUUGCAUGAUGCCUAUCAGCAGAACCUACUGGUUCUUCACUCCUUUAAGUUGGCUUGCGAGUUUCUGCAGAAAGGUGGUUGUUUUCUUACAAAGGUGUUCCGCUCCAAGGACUACUUCAACCUUGAAUAUAUCUUUAAAAAACUCUUCAAAAAGGUGGAAGCUACGAAGCCACAAGCCUCACGUUAUGAGUCGUCAGAAAUCUUUUUGUUAUGCCAGGGAUAUCGGGAUCCAGCAAAGAUUGACCCUCAGUUUUUCUCACCAAAUCAUGUGUUCCAAGAAUUAAAUCUAGAACCCAACACAAAGCUCAAUCUUUUAAAGCCACAUAAGACUCUCCCAAAAGCUGAGGGAUAUCCUGAAGGAGCAACCACACUCUACAAUAGAGUUCGUGUGUCGCAGUUUAUCCAUUCUUCAAACUUUGCUGAGGUUCUACAAGAGGCAUCAGAGCUUUACUUUGAUGAUGAAGCAAUAAAAAAUCACAAAUUAACCACAGAUGCCAUAGUGGAGAACUGCAAGGACAUUAAGGUAUUAGGCAGAAAGGAUUUACGACAACUUUUGACCUGGAGAAAAAGUAUCAAGGCUGAUCUACAAAAAGCAGCAGAAGAAAAAGAAAAGGAACUGGCUGCUGAUGAACAACAAACCAAAGUUCAAGAUCAAGAACAGCACAAAGAAGACAAGGAGAUGGACAAACUGGACCAAGAGAUUCUGGACCUGAAGACAGAACAAGCCCGAGAGGAGAAACGUACAAGAAAGCGGAAGUUGAAGGAGAGAAAGAAGCUCGAAGAGAAAAUGCGUUUGAAUGCUCUUAUUCCUGGAGACGUUGGACCAACAGUGAAUACUGAAGCUGGACUGUUUAAUCUUGAAAAGCUAUCUCAGAUAAGAGGUAGAAAGGGAAAAAAUUGGUUUAGUCAGGAUAUCUUCAAGGACCUUGAGACAGAAGCUGAUGAGGACUAUGAGCUCGACACUGCCAUACAGAAGUACAAAGAAAGCAGCAGGAUUCUGGAAAAGAAGUCAAAAAAAAUCCCAGGGGAAGAACUAGAGGGCAAUGAAUCAGGAUACACCAGUGAUACAGAAGUAGCACUAGAUGCUCCAGACUCUGAUACAGACUCAAACUCUGACUCAGACACUGAUGAUGAACCUGUAAAAGCUGGUCCACAAAUGAUAGGAGGGGCUGUUGGUAAUGGUAUUACAAAGGGUAAUAAGAAGAGGACAAAAGACCAGGCUAGACUAGACCCUGUUGGUCUUGCACUUGCUACUAAAAUGAUUUACUCCAAAAAAGCCAAGAGAGACAUCAUGGAUGCUGGCUGGAAUAGGUAUAUGUUUGGAGAUGAUGAUGACCUCCCUAACUGGUUUGUUAGGGACGAGAAGAAAUAUAACACAACGAGAGUGGAAGUAGACCCAGAGGAUUUGAGAAUGUACCGUGAUCGUUCAAAGGAUGUCAAUGCUCGAACAAUAAAGAAGGUAGUUGAAGCAAAGGCUCGCAAGCAGAGGCGGUUGAAGAAGCGAUUAGAAAAGGCACGGAAAAAGGCUGAGGUUGUGACAAAUAAUGCUGAUAUGACAGAAAGAGAAAAGGCACAGGAAGUUAAGACUUUGUAUAAAAAGGCACUGACACCCUUGAAGAAGAAAGAAGCUACUUAUGUUGUGAUGAAGAAGAGGCAUGCAGGGAAGAAGCCUAAAGGCAUUAAAGGUCCCUACAAACUGGUAGACAAGAGAAUGAAAAAAGAUAAAAGGGCUAUUAAAAUAUUUGAUUCCAAGAAAAGAAAAGCUGGUAAGGGAAUCUCCAAACCCAAAAACAAGGCAAGAGGCAGGAAGUAAUUAGUGGUGCAGCAAAUGUUUAAAUUGGAUAUAAUUUUACCAUUACAUGCUCCAUAUUUAAUUUUGUUUUAAAACUAAAGAAAGGGAGUGUUAAGUAUAUUGUGGUUGUAAAAAAUGAUCAAAACCAUACUUAAAAUACAAAAAAUUAAUGUACUAUUGAUGAUAAGUACAGGUGGACAUGUUAUAAGUGAAAAUAUUUUGAGGAAUUGUCAAACUUAGUGUGGUUUGUGUUAGAAGUACUAAGAGUAUAAAAUCUUAAUACUCAGAUACAUCAUAUUUUCCGGGAAGUAUACCUUUCCAGAGGGAGAUUUUGAGGAUUGUGAAUAGCUUUUGAUCCAAGGAAUUAAGACUACCCUUCCCUUCCUGACAUCUUUAUUGUCUUCCAAGUGCUAUUUUAGCACUAUUAUAAUACAGUAAAAAUAAAGUAACUGUGUCACUUCCCAUUUUGUAUUUAAUUCCCCAUAAUUUAAUCCCACCCUUCUCCCAAACACCCUAGCAUUUACUUCUUUUACAACCUCAUCUAUAAAUACAUUAAACAACCAUGGUGACAUUACACAUCCCUGUCUAAGACCUACUUUUACCGGGAAAUAGUCUCCCUCUCUUCUACACACCCUAACCUGAGCCUCACUAUCCUCAUAAAAACUCUACAGCAUUUAGUAACUUACCACCUAUUCCAUAUAUUUGCAACAUCUGCCACAUUGCUUCCCUAUCCACUCUAUCAUAUGCCUUUUCUAAAUCCAUAAAUGCAAUAAAAACUUCCCUACCUUUAUCUAAAUACUGCUCACACAUAUGCGUCAAUGUAAACACUUGAUCUACACAUCCCCUAGCUGUAUAGCCCUUGUGGCUUAGCGCUUCUUUUUGAUUAUAAUAAUAAUACACAUCCCCUAAAACCUCCUUGCUCAUCCGCAAUUCUACAUUCUGUCUUACCUCUAAUUCUUUCAAUAAUAACCCUACCGUACACUUUUCCUGGUAUACUCGGUAAACUUAUAGAGGAAUAAUUUUUACAAUCUCUUUUGUCUCCCUUCCCUUUAUAUAAAGGGACUAUACACACUCUCCGCCAAUCCCUAGGUACCUUCCCCUCUUUCCUACAUUUAUUAAACAAAAAUACCAACCAUCCAACACUAUGUCCCCCCCUACUUUUAACAUUUCUGUCAUGAUCCCGUCAGUUCCAGCUGCUUUAACCCCUUUCAUUCUACAUAAUGCCUCAUGCACCUCCCCCACACUCACAUCCUGAUCUUCUUCACUCCUAAAAGAUGGUAUACCUCCCUGGCCAGUGCGUGAAAUUACCGCCUCCCUUUGUUCAUCGACAUUUAAAAGUUCCUCAAAAUAUUCUCGCUAUCUACCCAAAACCUCCAUCUUCCCAUCUACUAACUCCCCUACUCUGUUUUUAACUGACAAAUCCAUUUGUUCCCUACACUUUCUUGUUUAACUCACUCCAAAAUUUUUUCUUAUUUUCACUAAAAUUUCUUGACAGUACCUCACCCACUCUGCUCUCCUUUUGUUUUUUAAUCACCCCAUCUUGGAGAUGGUGUGGAGUAAAAAUAAAUUUAGCCAAAGUUUAAUGAUAUUCAUUUGGAUUUUUCUCAGUCUUAAUUUUGUGUGAGGAGCCUCCCUGAGCAGUAUUUAAGUGGAGUCAUUAAUUAUUGUAAUAAAAUAAAGCGCUAAACCGACAA